AUGUCGGUGAGCCAGCCGCCGUCGGGAAGAGGUGUGCCCUGUUUACGCUGCAGAGGGACGUGCACGGGCUUCGAGCCACAUUCCUGGAGGAAAAUCUGCAAGUCAUGCAAGUGCAGCCAGGAGGAUCACAGCCUGAGCUCGGACGUGGAGGACGAUCGGAAAAUUGGGCGCCUGCUGGCGGACUCCAAGUACGCCACGCUCACCGCCCGGGUGAAGGGGGGUGACGGCGUUCGCAUUUACAAGCGGAACCGCAUGAUCAUCACCAACCCCAUCGUCUCGCGGAAAGACCCCACCUUCGACACCAUCACGUACGAGUGGGCUCCCCCGGGGCUCACCCAGAAGCUGGCCAUGCAGUACAUGGAGCUGAUCCCGAAGGAGAUGCAGCCGGUGGCGGGGACGGACGGGGCGUACUAUCGCCGGCGGCAGCUGAUGAGACAACUCCCGCUGUACGACCAGGACCCGUCCCAGUGCCGUGGCCUCGCGGAGGGCGAGCUGAAGCUGAUGGAAGAAUUUGUGAAGAAGUACAAAGCCGAGGCGCUGGGUGUUGGAGAGGUGGCACUGCCAGGCCAGGGUGGCAGCGGGAAGGAGGAGGGGAAGCCCCAGGACAAGAGCAUCGCUGCCGGCAACCCCCCUGCAUCCACCAACGGGGCCCUGGAGCGCGCACCCGCGGCAGGACACUAUAAAUGUGACACCUGCUCCCAAGCCUGA